GACGGCCGCCGCGUCUCCAUGGAAACGGUCCAGGCAUCCACCCAGCCGAGAGCACGAUGGCUACUGGGGAGCUCGGGGACUUGGGCGGCUACUACUUCAGGUUCUUGCCUCAGAAAACCUUCCAGUCUCUGAGCUCUAAGGAGAUCACCAGCCGACUCCGCCAGUGGUCCAUGCUGGGCAGAAUCAAGGCGCAGGCGUUCGGCUUUGACCAGACCUUUCAGUCCUAUCGGAAGGAUGAUUUCGUUAUGGCUUUUUUCAAAGACCCAAAUGUUAUUCCCAAUUUGAAGUUACUUUCAGAUUCUUCUGGACAAUGGAUCACAUUAGGAACCGAAGUGAAAAAAAUUGAAGCUAUAAAUGUUCCUUGCACACAGCUUUCAAUGUCAUUUUUUCAUCGGUUAUAUGAUGAAGAUAUUGUACGAGACAGUGGACAUAUUGUUAAAUGUUUAGAUUCUUUUUGUGAUCCAUUUCUCAUUUCUGAUGAGUUACGAAGAGUUUUGCUAGUGGAAGACUCAGAAAAAUAUGAAAUAUUCAGCCAACCAGAUAGAGAAGAGUUCCUGUUUUGUCUUUUCAAACAUCUUUGCCUUGGUGGAGCCCUUUGUCAAUAUGAAGAUGUGAUUAGCCCAUAUCUGGAAACAACAAAGCUUAUCUAUAAGGAUCUGGUGAGUGUUCGAAAGAAUCCUCAAACCAAGAAAAUACAGAUUACCUCUUCUGUCUUUAAAGUUUCAGCUUAUGAUUCUGCUGGUAUGUGCUAUCCUUCAGCAAAGAAUCAUGAACAGACAUUUUCUUACUUUAUUGUGGAUCCUAUCAGGCGUCACCUUCAUGUUUUAUACCACUGUUAUGGUGUGGGAGACAUGUCUUAAUGCUCUUUCAGAUUAUGUACCUCUACUAUUUUUUAUUUAUCAUUUUUCUAUCUUAAUACUAACAUAGAUAAACAUAUACUUUGCAAAUUAAUUCAAGAAAAAUGUAAGGAGACUACUUAGAGCAGAAGAAAGCAAACACCAAGAUGCCUUUUAAAAAAUUUGUGUGGAAUACUAACCGGGGAUCAAAUUUCAUCCAUAAUAAAAUCUAUACCAAAAAAGUUGUGGAAUUUUUACAAAAAGUUACAAGGAAUUAGAAAUCUAGUUCAUAUUUGUUGCAUUGUGAUUCAAGUGAAUCCUCAAUUUUCCGUGUAUUUUAAUUUAUAAGCUAAUUAAUUAUGGAUUGAAAAUGUAGCAGAAAACUAAACAUUUCUACCACUGAUCAUUAAUAUGAAUUGUUAGUUUACUUAACUUGUUUCAUUUAAUUACAUUUCUUCAUUGCACAAGCGUUUACAUCUCUAAAGCUAGGCAAAGCAUAACAAUUCUUUUGCUUAAUUUGUUCCACUUAUAAGCCUCAAUAAAGAAGUAAUGUUCUGGGGCCUG